ACAGAUCUCUACCUCUCUCUCUUUUCCCAUCGCCCUCUCUGAUCUCGCUCAAUGUCUAACAAUCCUGACGAACCUCAAUUACAAAACGGCGACGCACCAGCACCGGAACCAGCAACAACACCCGAGCCAGAUGCAGAUCCGAAGGUGGAGGUGACGGAAGAGACCUCGAUCCACCCUCCGUCCACCGAACAAACGCCUCAAAAAGAACUGCAAAAGGACGAAGGGAGCCGAACUUUCACGAUGAGAGAGUUGCUCACUGAAUUGAAAAGCGAAGACGGUGCAGAUAGCAUCAACGAAGCCAGCGCCAGUCAAGGAAAUACGCCGCACCAAUACACGGAGCAAAACAAUGCUGCAAUGGAAUUGAUCAAUAGUGUCACAGGUGUCGAUGAAGAGGGUCGAUCACGCCAGCGGAUUCUUACAUUUGCUGCUAAGAGGUAUGCCAGUGCCAUAGAGAGAAACCCAGAAGAUUAUGAUGCAUUAUACAAUUGGGCAUUGGUUCUUCAGGAAAGUGCCGAUAAUGUUAGUCCAGAUUCUACUUCACCCUCUAAAGAUGCUUUGCUGGAGGAGGCUUGUAAAAAGUAUGAUGAAGCUACUCGUCUUUGCCCUACGCUUCAUGAUGCUUUCUACAAUUGGGCAAUAGCAAUUUCUGAUCGAGCAAAAAUGCGGGGCCGUACUAAGGAGGCUGAAGAACUGUGGAAGCAGGCAACAAAAAACUAUGAGAAAGCCGUCCAACUCAACUGGAACAGUCCCCAGGCUCUUAAUAAUUGGGGUCUUGCUUUACAGGAACUCAGUGCAAUUGUUCCUGCACGAGAAAAGCAAACAAUUGUGAGAACGGCAAUUAGUAAGUUCCGGGCAGCAAUACAAUUGCAAUUUGACUUCCAUCGAGCAAUAUACAACCUUGGGACUGUCUUGUAUGGAUUAGCAGAGGACACAUUAAGAACUGGAGCAGCAAAUCCUAAAGACGUUUCCCCUAAUGAGUUGUAUAGUCAAUCAGCCAUCUACAUUGCUGCCGCCCAUGCUUUAAAACCAAGUUACUCAGUUUACAGCAGUGCCUUGCGGCUUGUGCGUUCCAUGCUACCUUUACCUUAUCUGAAAAUUGGAUAUUUGACGGCACCACCUGCGGGGAGCGUAGUGGCACCUCAUAGUGAUUGGAAAAGAUCACAGUUUGUUUUGAAUCAGGAAGGGCUUCAACAGAUUAGCAAAACUGAGCAAAAGCAAGUUUCCCGAAGCCUGUCUGGCAUGUCAGGAGAUUUUAGUCCGGACAGAAGGACUAUCAGAAUUGAAGUUCCUGAUAUGGUUUCUGUAUCAGCUUGUGCUGAUCUGACUUUACCGCCUGGUGCAGGCCUCUGCAUUGACACAAUUCAUGGACCAGUUUUCAUGGUUGCUGACUCGUGGGAGUCCCUAGAUGGAUGGCUUGAUGCGAUCCGUCUAGUUUACACAAUCUAUGCUCGAGGUAAGGCUGAUGUUCUGGCAGGUAUUAUAUCUAGCUGAUUAUGUAUGUUUGUUGAUUGUAUCACAGUGGAGACAAUUUUCCCCAGGCACUUGAUAAUUUAUUAAUGAGAUUUAGUUAUGGAAAUAAAUAUUUUGUAUAUUAUAAUUUUUUUGGACGGAGAAUGUUGUUCAAAUUUGAGUGAUUAUAUCAUGCCAGAUUUUUUUAUUUU